UUAAUCUCUGUCUCGCUCUCUCUCUUUUUCAUGCUCUUUUCUCUCUCGGGCUCUCACAGGCAGCGCAACAGGAGCAGGAGCGCCAGCGGAGGGAGGAGUGGGAGCGAGUGAGGAAGGAAGAGUUGUGGAGGGAGAGAGAAAGAGAGCAAGAGGAGAUCACUGUGCUCCGAGCCAAGAAGAAGAGUUUGGAGAUGGAGCUGGAGGCUGUGGGCAGCAGACACAAGCAGUUAUCAGAUGGUCUCCGUGACGCCCAGAGUAAGAGGCGGAUCCAAAGAGCGGAGAUCGAUCUCAUCAAUCAGCGGAGAGAUGGGCGUGCCUCCAAGAUCAACACCCUGCAGACACAGUUUGAGGACUACCAGAGGAAACUGUGUCAGUUGGUUCCACAGCAACAGAGACUGACAGAGAGACUCAAGAACAUGGGCUGCAACAACAUCCCUGCUGUGGCAAUGACCUCUGUAGGUGGCAGUGUUGCGGAGAAGGGCGUGGUCUGUCGGAGGCUGAAGGACCAAUUAGACACUCUGGAGAGAGAGACAACCCACAAGCUGGCCAUGAUGGACCACUACCAGCAAGACCUCAAGUCAGUCGAUAUGGAUGACUGUGUUCUACAGUCUCUUCUCUCGCUGCUGGGCUGUCUCAGUCAACUCUUCCUCCUUAUCAAGGACCUGAGGGAGCGGCAGGGGAAGCAGCAGGCUGUUCUGGAGGACCUCUGCCGGGUCAAGGAGCUGAAACUGAGAGAGAUGGAGAGAGGGAGAGAGGAGGAAAGAGAGAGAAAGAGGAGGGGGGAUGAAGAGGCUGCCAGACAAGCCAAGCUGGAGGGAGAGAGGAGAGAGGAGGAGGAGAGGAGGAGGCGAAUUGAGCCGCAGGAGAGAGGAGGACGCCAGCAUCCAGUGCUGAAUGCAGAGAGUUUAUUAACCCUGACCUCCUGCAGAGCCCUGUACCCCUUCAGCGCACGCAACGCUGACGAGCUCAGCCUGGACGCUGACUGUUUCAUAGUGGUAGAUGAUGAGAUGGUGGGGGAGCCUGGUUGGCUGUGUGGUAGUUACCGUGGGAACAGGGGCUGGUUCCCCCAGAGCUAUGCUGAGAGAUGCACCACCCCCCUUGCCUCUGACCUACUGCCCCCUUCCUGUCCAACACUACCACCCAGCCCGGGACUUCCUGACGGAGAGAUUGCAGGGGCAGGACGGAUCCCCGCCCCCAGCGUCACCCCCAUCAAAGACUCCUCCCAGGAAAACAACACACACACAGAACCUCUAUACACCGCUGUUGAUGAGUUGGAGAGCCCAGAUCCCAGCCAGCUAGAAGAGUUCGUGGCCCUGUUCACCUAUGAGAGCCCGGAGGCAGGCGACCUGACGUUCUCUGAGGGGGAUGUAGUCAUGGUAACAGAGCAGGAGGGGGAGUGGUGGAGGGGCUGCAUUGGAAACCGGACCGGAGUGUUCCCUUCCAACUACGUCAAACCCAUGGAACCAGAGAUCACUAGGCCUGGAGCUGCUUCCAAGAAACCUGAGAUCGCCCAGGCGAUCACCCUGACUACAGAGCAGCUAAGUCUGUCACCGGGGCAACUGAUCGUGGUCCAUGCCAAGAACUCCUCCGGCUGGUGGCUUGGGGAAUUGCAGGUCCGAGGGAAGGGCCCACGAAGAGGCUGGUUCCGCUCCUCUCAUGUCAAACUGCUCCCUCCCACAAGCAGCAAGACUACCCCUGUCCCAGGUCAUCGCCAGGUACAACUUCACAGCAGCCAAUUAGGACUUGAUGAGCUUCUCCAAUUGUCAGCUGAUCAACGUUAUGGACAGUGACAACGCUGAUUGGUGGAUUGGAGAGGUCAACGGGGUCACGGGGCUGUUGCCAACCAAUUACGUCACCAUGACCACUGAGUCCGACCCCAGGCAGUAAUGAAAGUAACGCUGGCACCUUGUCCUCUUCUUACUUCUUCUUCUCUGAGCCAAUCCUGGAAGCCUCACAUCUUCAUCUGCCAGCGAGACCCUCCUCUUCCUCCUCCUCCUCUUCCUCUUCUUCCUUGUCUAUCCUCACUCUUUAUUUCUCUCUCUCCUCUAUCAUAACUCGAUCUCUCUCCUCUAUCAUAAAUAGUUCUCUCUCCUCUACCAUAACUAGUUCUCUCUCCUCUAUCAUAACUAGUUCUCUCCUCUAUCAUAACUAGUUCUCUCCUAUUUCUCUGCUCUCUCUACCUGGCUGUUCUUAUCUUCUCUACCAUAACUAGUUCUCUCCUAUUUCUCUGCUCUCUCUACCUGGCUGUUCUUAUCUUCUCUACCAUAACUAGUUCUCUCCUAUUUCUCUGCUCUCUCUACCUGGCUGUUCUUAUCUUCUCUACCAUAACUAGUUCUCUCCUAUUUCUCUGCUCUCUCUACCUGGCUGUUCUUAUCUUCUCUACCAUAACUAGUUCUCUCCUAUUUCUCUGCUCUCUCUACCUGGCUGUUCUUAUCUUCUCUACCAUAACUAGUUCUCUCCUAUUUCUCUGCUCUCUCUACCUGGCUGUUCUUAUCUUCUCUACCUAGGGAGAGUGGUAGAUACAUGACCUAUGUUAACUAUUAUCUCCUGUUUCUCUGAAAUGAUGUCAAAAUCAUGGUUUGAAUUUAUUUAGACUAGAAUAGAAAGAUGUGUUAGAAGAAAUCUCUGAGGAUGUGCUACUCUAGUAUUUUGAUGUUGUAUACAACAAUGGACAUAAUAUGUACUAAAUAAAAAUCAUUUUGUUUUGUAAGAUUAGGCUUUACACCCCUGUAUGGCUGUAUGUAUUACAUGCACAGGGUCAUUCAUACUAAUGCACUAGCGACUAGAAAGUAAUCACAACGUGGCUAACUCAUUCAGACCAAUCCUAACUCAUCCGGACCAAUCCUAACUCAUCCGGACCAAUCCUAACUCAUCCGGACCAAUCCUAACUCAUC